AUGAUCCUAUCAAAGACUAGGCUAUAUUCCGCUUCAAUCAAAGUAUUUACAAAUGGACAAGGAUUCCAACGUACCUUUGGUCGAAAUACAAUGAGAGGAAAUCAAAUUCUAUUUUCUCAUGAUUCUGUUGAGAAAGUGGAGCACGAGCUGGUUACAAAGGAUGAUCUGGAUGCAAUCAUGAAAGUGCUGUUCUACAACGAAAAAGGUAGGGAUGACGCAAUGGCAAAGCGUGCUUAUGGAACCUCCAAGUUAUAUGCACGUACAAAUGUAUUGCGGCAGUGGUUUGCACUUCUCCGUCGGUUAAGCCCAUACUACUGUAAUAUUCGACAGGAGGUAGUGGAUAAUUUGAUGAAUCGGGUGCAGCAGAGUGUUAAAGAUAAGAUGGAGGAGCCAAUUUUUAUAUGUGAUGCCCAAAGUUUGUCUCAUGAAAAGGCUCUUGGGUCGGACGUUGCAGCGGUGCAGCAGCUGGAUUCAAUGUCUUCAGACUACCAUGACUGUUCUGAUACUGAGCAUGAUCUUUCUGUUACAGAGCAAUCAGCAGCAGUAUACAGUGUCAGCAAUAACUCUGUUCAGUCAAGUUGCAACGAGUUGCCUUUGAAAACACAUUACAUUACCCCAUCGCCAGAUACGAUGCUGAGAAUGGAAGGCAUUCGCCAAAGGGUAGAAAAUGAUGCCAUUGCAAAGAUGAUGCAUGGCGUGGAGCACCAAGCAUCAAAUGAGGGUCUGGCAUGUAGCGCCGAUCACAUGCAGAUGGAAUUAAAUGAUACUGUUGCAGGUUGGUUUGGUGCGGAGCGUAGCAACGUCAAAGAUAAAUGUGACAAUACUGUGGGUGUUGUGAUAUCCAAUCGAGGCCAGGAUCCAAUUAACGAGUUCAUACCAGAUGACAAGCUCUUGGCAUCAACAUUUCCACACCUAUUUCCGUUUGGAAAAGCAUACGGCAGAUGUGCUGGGAAUCUUAACAGAGAAGAGUGCGAGCAUUUGCUGAAGCAAUUUAAUGUAUUCCACUGCAAAGAUCGGAGACUGCUUGGAUAUCUGGCUGAUGUAAAACGGAGAUUUGAAGUUAUUAAGAACGCAAGCCUCAAGCUUAGCGGAAACAGUGAAGCUUUAGCAAAAGUUAAUGCCUUUAUGGACCGGAGCGACCACCAAAAGAUUCUUGAUACGUUGAAGGAUGAUCCUAAUAGCGCUACUGCAAAGAAGAUAUGGAAUGGGCUGAAAUCAUCUCUUGCGCUGGUGGGAGGCAACGUAGCCUAUGGGGCUUUGGAGGCAAGUAAAUGCAUUAGCCAGACAAUCGAAACCUCAAAGCGAUAUGGCUCUGGGUGCACUUUCCUGACACUAUCACUUGACGAUGUCUUCAAUACACGUGGAAUAAGAGCUGCAAUAAAAACAUCAAGCAACACCGAUUUCCCUGCAGUGUUUGGCAACGGAAGCCAAUACAACUCCUUAGAUGCUUUUGUGGCAGACAUCAAAGAACAAGCAAUUGAUCAGGGGCAUGGCACAAUCAGCUUUGAUGAAAGUCAGGGCAUGAGAUUUGAAAGCGCUUUAUUGUCCAGACUAGUGUUAGAAUAA